UUUAUGUGCUUCGUGAUAUUCAAUACUUGAGAGCGAAAGCAAGGGGAGAAAACCUGAUCCGCGAAUUGGGACAUUUUGAUCCGAUUAGGGUUUUACCAAAAGCACUUGGUCAUCGGAUGGCACCGCCUCCAGGCCCUUAUUCUGGCACCAGCACUCUCGCUCUUGUGGCUCGUGCAUCAGCAUUCACUUUAGGUGUGGUCUAUGGAAGCCUGAAGCUUAAGAUUCUCAAAGCAAAGGCAAAGUCACAUCAGAAAGCUGAUGCUAAGGCUCAUCACUGAUGACAUUUUUUGGGGCUGCUGGCAGGAAGGAGAGGACUUGUGUUUCUUUUAUAAGAUGAAGAUUGUUUUAAGAGUAUUGCUGGACCUAUAAUUUUAUUUUAUUCAUUUGUGAGUUUUUUUUUUAAAUUUAAAUUUCUUAAUUUUUAACAUAUCAAUAACUAAUAUGUAGAGAAAUA